AUGGCAUCAACCCAAGCCCUCGGGGACCUUUCCAAGUCCAGCCGGCUCAUCUACCGAGCCCCAGAGAACUCCGAAGAAGACAUUGCAUUCUUCCACGGUCUUAUGAACGAACCUAUAAUUCAAACCCUGAGCACGGGACGUCUCCCGCGCCCGUCUCACAAAAAUUCCGCAGGGGAGUUUAUAAAACUACUUCAAGACGCCAUUCUAGGAGUGGUUAUCUGUCUCCCUCCUCAGAAUCCCCCCGAAACAGAAACGGCCUCCUCCUCGACUGAGACCCAAAACUCGGAUCGACCUGCUCAAAAUUCCAAGCCAGUCCCAAUUGGUCACAUGAGCCUUUUCAGCCUGACUGGACCAAACGACACUCAUCAUCGCAAUGCAAUGAUAGGAAUCUCACUUGCGGACGGGUUCCGGGGAAAGGGAUACGGCGGAGAAGCUAUCAACUGGGCGCUGGACUGGGCUUUUCAACAUGCUGGACUGCACAGAGUCUCUAUAAGCACUUUUUCGUACAACCCGAACGCAUUGAAGCUUUACAGGAAACUUGGAUUUGUGGAGGAAGGUCGCAGUCGUGAGGCGUUGUACCAUCGCCGUGCUUGGCAUGAUAUUGUCAAUUUGUCUAUGUUAGAGCAUGAGUGGGAGGCUUUGAGGGGAAUAGCGUCCGAUUAA